AUGCUGGUUGGUGUUUGUACUAUAGUUGCCCGUUGUCGCUCUCGCAUGUUUAUUUGUCGUUCAUUCUGUGUAUAUCUACAUUACCAUCAUUCAUAUAUAGUAUACAUGUUCGUUUCGCAUUCAUUCAUCUGUCUGAUGAGAGAAAUUGUGUGA